GAUAAAAGGAAAUAAAUAGAAAGGUAAAAAUAAAAACAAUCGCUGACGCGUGACAGAAACCACCCAAGGAUCCUUUCUUCUGUCUACCUCUUUCUCUGUGCAGAUCACAAUUUACGAAAUUUGUUGGUUUGAUCGUGUUUGAAUCUGGGGCUUAGGCAGCUUGAGGUGGGGAUAGGAAGUGAAAUGCUCGGUUCCGGGAAUCCUUCAAGCCGGGGUAGUGCAGCUUUGCCACCCGAUAUGUCUUCACUGCCCCAAUAUUUGCCUCUGGACCCAAUUACAUUAGGCAGUCAGAGAUAUCCCCGUUCAGGAGAACUACGGAGAGUUCUAGGUGUUCCUUAUGGAAGUAUGUCACAAGACCAUUCUUUUGGGGUUUCCCAACAGAAACCUUCUCCUCCUCCGGUGGCUACAGAGGAGCUGAAACACUUCAAAGAAAGUGUGCAAGAUUCCACUAGAAAGGCCAGGGAUCGAGUAAAAAAUUUCCGUGACAAGAUACUGAAACUAGAUAAGUAUAGGGAAUCGUUAAACUCAAAGAAGCGGCAGCGUAUUGAUGUUUCACCAAUUGAUCGGUCAUCGGCAGCAGACUUGACAAAGAUGGGAAGCCAGAUUCAAAGAAACUCUCAAGACUUAAUGAAUCAAAGAUUAGAGGACAGGACCAAGAGCGUUGGGGUGAAUAAGCGUGUUCGUACUUCAGUGGCGGAUGUGCGGCUGACUGAUGGAAGAGCUGCUGCUACUUCAAGGCAGCAACUGGCUAUAGAAAAAGAUGGAGAUAUGCUUCCUGCUGUUAGUGGGGCCACCAUUAAGAUUGAAGAAAAGAUCCGUAGGUUGCCUGUUGGAGGUGAAGGAUGGGACAAAAAGAUGAAAAGGAAACGCUCUGUUGCAUCUGUAGGCAAUAGAGUUAUGAACAGUGAUCAAGAUACAAAACAAGCUAUACAACCCAAGAUGAAUGCUGAUUCUAAGUUGCGAUCUUGUGAUGCACAGGUGCUCAGAUCUAAAUCCUCCCUCGGAGUUACUGGAAUCAAUAAGUUGGAUGGUUCUCUCGAGCCUGCAAGUUCAGAUGCCGGUUCACUUCUUAAGACUGAGUUGGAGGGCCCCCCUCUAAGGGACCGUACAUCAAUGUUGGAGCAACGAGUUGUGGCUAAAGGAAAAAAUAAGCCAAAUAUUCGGGAAGAUAACCCAGGAAACUGUUCAAGUACAAUGUUAAAAGGGAAGGUAUCUGCGGGACCACGAACUGGCUCAAUCAUGGUGUUAGACUCAUCUUCUAAAGUUCACUCAUCACCUGGAACUUUUCAGGGUUGGGAACAGCCUACAAGUGUAAAUAAAGUCCCAAGUUUGGGUGUGACAAAUUAUCAAAAACGUCCUUUGUCAGCUUCGUCUUCACACGCUAUGGCUCAGUGGGUUGGUCAGAGGCCACAUAAAAACUCUCGUACAAGGAGAGCAAAUUUAGUUUCUCCUGUCUCGAAGAACGAAGUUCAGCCUCCGUCUCAAGGCUUUUCAGCAUCUGACUUUGGUGCUAAAACUUCUGCGUUUGGAACCAAUGGAUCACUACUCUCCAGUAGCAUAGAUAAUAAUACUCCAAAAAUAAAGAGGGAAUUUGAGAAUGUUUCAUCUCCAUUUGGGUUCUCUGAAAGUGAAGAAUCUGGAGCUGGGGAUAAUAAAUUGAAAGAGAAAGAAAUACAAGGUGAUGAUGGUGCAUUGUCUGUAGCUCAUAAGGUCAGAUCUUUUACAUUGCCAAGAGUUAAGAAUAAAAUACUAACUAGUGAAAUUGGAGAUGGUGUUCGGAUAAAAGGAAGGAGUGUAAGUGGUUCACUCUUGACGAGGCCAAGCAUUCAUAUGAUAAGGGAGAAGUUAGAAAAUGUACCAACAACUAAGCCACUUCAGAGUAUGAGGCCAACUUCAGAUAAGAUUAAAAGUAAAACGGGCCGUCCACCUUCAAAGAAGUUGAAGGAUCGUAAGGCUUCAGUUCGUGUUGGGCUGAUGCUGAAUAAUGUCACUCCAAAUUUUGCAAGUGAAUCUGAUGAUGAUCAUGAAGAUUUAUUUGCAGCUGCUGAUUCUGCUCGUAAUGCUAGCAGUCUUGCUUGUUCUGGUACAUUUUGGAAGAAAAUGAAGUAUAUCUUUUCUUCUCUUAGCUUGGAGGAUGUGACGUACUUUAAGCAGCAGCUAAGUUUUUCAGAGGAGCUUGAAGAGAGUUUGUCCCAGAUGUUCGGAUAUGAAUAUAACCUUUUGGGUAUUCUGGUGCAUAAAGAUCUUGAUCGUCCUUGUGAAGGCAAAGAAAGCCGCUUAAAUGAAGAAAAAGCUAUGAAUGAUGGCUCAUGUGCAAGGUUUGAUAUGGGAAGGUUGGACAAAGUUACUCCAUUGUACCAAAGAGUGCUUUCUGCUUUGAUUGAAGAAGAUGAAGCUGAAGAAUUCUACCAUCACAGCGAAGGGAAAAAUCUAUCUUUUCACUAUGCAAGUGACGAUUCCCAUUGCGGUUCAUGUAACCAAAUUGAUAUUGAUCCCAAAGAUAGAGACCGAAUGGAAUCUGAGGUUGAAUCUGAAGCAGACUUCCACAGUCAGAAGAAUUGUUUGUUGGAUAGGCUUUCUUGCAAUAAGAGUGCUGUAUCUAAUGCAUUCAGGAACCCAAGCAUGUCUAGUUCAUUACAAAGCAAUGAACAGUGGUUGGGAGAUGAUGACGUAUCACAUUCAGAUGUUGGGCUUACCAGUGAAAUAUGCUCAAAUGACCUCAGUCAGACACAACCAAGGGAAAUCAAUGUUCCUGCUUUUCCUUCAUCUGAUUGCCAAUAUCAACUUAUGUCUCUUGAUGACAGGAUUCUCUUAGAGUUACAGAGUAUCGGUUUAUAUCCGGAGACAUUGCCUGGUCUGUCAGAGGGAGAAGAAGUUAUAAACCAGGAUGUUAUGGAACUUAAGGAAGAGCUUCGCCAACAGAUUAAGAAAAAGAAGAAAAGCUUGAGGAAACUUGAUAAGGCCAUUCAGAAAGGGAGAGAUGUAGAAAGAAGGAACAUUGAGCACUGUGCAAUGGACCAACUUAUUGAAAUAGCUUACAGAAAAAGAAUGGCAUGUCGCGGGAAUCACACUUCAAAGGGUGCUGUUCGGAAGGUUUCAAGACAAGUUGCUAUAGCUUUUAUCAAGCGAACUCUUGCUAGAUGUAGAAAAUUUGAAGAUACUGGCAGUAGUUGCUUUAGUGAGCCUGCAUUGCAGGAUGUCUUGUUUUCAGCACCUCCAUGCAGCAAUGAUGCAAAAUCUGCUGACUGUGUUGGCUCAGGGACUGCCAGUAAUACAUGUAAUGAAGUAUCCAACCAUCAAACAGAAGCCAAGGGAUCAGGUGCCGUCUCCAGCACUUUUAAACGAUAUGAUACCCCAAGUGAUAAUCUUGACAGAGGUUCUUCAGAUGCUUUCCCCAAGCAUGGAAUUAUUCUGAAGAAGCCGAAAAGGGAAGUACUGAUCGAUGAUGUUGUUGGGAGUGCCUCCUCUAGGGUAACAUCAACUCUUGACAACUCUAAUCUUGUUGGUGGAGCAAGAGGAAAGAGAAACGAGAAAGAUAGGGAUUACAAAACUAUCUCUGUUUCCGUAGCUGGUCGCUCAUCAUUGGACAACCUCAAGAACGAACGUAAAACAAAAGUGAAGACCAAGCACAAGGAUAAUCACUCUGUGGGCGGAAGGCCUUGUGUUAUCGGAUCUAACCCGUCAUUGACUAAGCCUAGUAAUGGAAGGGGUAGAGAAGUGGGAUUAUCAUCUCCUGGUAAAAUUGCUGAGGGAUCAUGGAAAGUGGAGGACCCAGUAGAUUUUUCAAACUUGCAACUGAAUGAAUUAGAUCCCAUGGCUUUAGACGUAUCCAACGACCUUGGUGCACCACAAGAUCUGAAUAGUUGGUUGAACUUUGACGGAUUACAAGACCACGAUUCUGUCGGCCUUGAAAUCCCCAUGGAUGACCUUACAGAUUUGAAUAUGUUGAUGUAAACAAAAUCUCAUGUCUAUAUUUGUGCAAUUUUUUAUGGUUUUGCUUUCUAUUGGUGGAAUCAUUAGUAAUGUGAGACAAUUUCAACCAGUCAAUGCUAAGUCGAGUUGGUAUGGUUGAGGAAUGUAAUUGUAAAUUGAUUCUUUGGAUGCAGAUGACAUUUGUCUUGUUCUUAA